UGUCAGGAAUGGGCUCACCUGCCGUGAAUGGGCUCUCCUGCCUUGUGGGCUGCAGUACCUGUGCUUGCCAGCGGGUGCUUUCAGCAGCCAGGAUCUCACUCCUGCAAUCAAGCCAUCACCUGAGGCUGAUUGCAGGAGGUGUAUUUAGGCAGGACCAGGCCUGCAAUCAGUGCCUUAGUGUUUUCCCAUGUGCCCUGUUGUCCUGAUCCUGUUUCCUGUAUCCUGUCUUCUGCCUGCUUGACUCUCCUGCUUGACUCUGACUCUGCUAGAACUCCACCUGCACCGACCCCGGCUAUUCCUGACCAUUCUCCUGCCUGCUCCUGUUGUACCUUAUCUGCCCGAUUGUUCCUGACCCG